GGGAUCCCGGUGCUGCCACCUGCGGGCGGCACGACAAGUGGAUAUGCAAAACAAAACAAAAAGUACAUACCCUGGUGCAGUGGAAUUCACAAACUAUGGCUUCUAUGGCUCUCCACCUGGCGAUUCAGUGAUACUGUGUUAAUAUAAUGGACGAUAAUGGUGACAGGGAGGCCAAGUACUCUCGAAGAAGGGUUGAGGAGGCGCAGACUAUGUGGCUCAAGCAGGAGCGUGCUGCGCUUUACAAGAAGGUUACGGCAAUACUGCAAAAAGAGGAGGAAGAAAGAACGCAGGACGAAAAAGACGUGCUGCAAGGCUGCUCAGAGGUUGCGGACGAAGUUUCCAAAAGACUCAAGCGACAGCAGCAGCUCAAGUCCAGAGUGGAGGAAGUGGAAGACCCUCCUCACACCUUGGAGGAAAAAUGCCGGCUCUUGGCGGCUGCAAUCGAGAAAUCGACGAGCCUGGUUGUUUACACCGGAGCUGGCAUCAGCACAGCCGCCCGAAUCCCAGACUACCGCGGGCCUAACGGCGUGUGGACCCUUCUGCAGCAGGGCAAGGACGUUGGCAACCACGACCUCAGCCUGGCCGAGCCGACGCUGACGCACAUGGCCUUGAGCCAGCUGUACCACUGCGGAAGGCUCAAGCACAUCGUCUCUCAAAAUUGUGAUGGACUGCACCUGCGGUCAGGACUGCCAAAGAAAUCGCUUUCUGAGGUUCACGGCAAUAUGUACUUGGAGGUUUGCCGAUCUUGUAAGCCGCCCAGGGAAUACCUCCGAUUGUUCGACGUGACAGAGCGGACGGCCAGGUUCAACCACAAAACCGGCCGCCUGUGCCACAAGUGCGGGGAGCCUCUGCAAGACACGAUAGUUCACUUUGGCGAGAGGGGCUCCUUGCAGUGGCCCCUCAAUUGGCACGCAACCACGAACGCUGCCCGGACAGCUGACGUCAUUCUGUGCUUGGGCUCGAGCUUGAAAGUUUUGAAGAAGUAUCCGUGGUUGUGGUGCAUGGACAUGCCAGUGAAAAAACGGCCGCUGCUCUACAUCGUGAACCUCCAGUGGACCCCAAAGGACGACCAAGCCACUCUCAAGAUAAAUGGUCGAUGUGAUGAUGUGUUCCUGAAAGUAAUGUCGCACCUGAAGAUCGCGGUGCCGUUGUACAACCGGCUAGCAGACCCAAUCUUCUCGCACGCCACGCCGCUGCACCCUUCCGAGUUGCGCACAACCAGCAGGCCCUUUCUGCAAGCCGAGCCAAUCAAAAGCGAAGUCGAUGAAUCUCAGGGAGUGGUGAAGGAGGAGGCCAAGGUGGCGCUCGGGGAGCUCUCCACAGAUCUCAAUGCCACGUACUUGCCCUGGUCAGGGUUGCUGCUGUCACAGGGUGCGUUCGUCAAGCAGGACCACAACUAUUGUGCCGUGCAGGACGGCAAGUUUGAGUGUCACUUUUGCUCGAUAAGCUUUUCCUCGGCCGAGUGCCAGUUUUACCUGAGGAAGGAGUUGACGGAGAAAGCCAUUUUAAGCGACCUGAGCUCCGAGGAGGAGGAAAACUCGGACGAAGGCACCUCCAACUCUAAAAAGUCUGCGAACCCAGGGUGGUUCGGCAAGGGCUACAGGAAGACUUGUAAAAGCAAAAAGCGGAAGCUGACCUGA